CUUCCGCUUUUGCAGUGUUUGACUUUCACCGUGACGCGUUGACUCGCCUCGUCGGAGCUUCUGGAGCCAGGAUGUGUUGUACGGGGAAGUGUGCCCGCUUGGUGGGCCUGAUCCUUCUGCCUUCGGCGUUCGUCUGCAUGAUCGCCAACCUGCUGCUCUUCUUUCCCGACGGCAAACGUCUGGAGAAUGAUCAGAUCUCUCUGCAGGUCUGGCUGAUGGGGGGUCUCAUCGGAGGAGGCCUCUUUAUGCUGUGCCCGAGCUGCUCCGCUAUCAGGGCCGGGGGCAAGGGUUGCUGCGGAAAGGGUUGCUGCGGCAACCGCUGCCGGAUGUUGAACUCGGUCUUCUCGUCGGCUUUCGGUGUGGUGGGCGCCAUCUACUGCAGCAGCGUGGCCUCGGCCGGGCUGGCCAUCGGACCCAAGUGUCGCGUGGUGGGAGAUGUCUGGACGUACCCUUUCGAGGAUCUCGGAACGGGAAGUGGGAGCUACCUGGUCAACCAAACUUUAUGGGACAUGUGCGAGUACCCCAAGAAUGCCGUCAUGUGGCAUGUGGUUCUCUUCUCCAUCCUGUUGUCCAUGGCUGUCCUCCAGCUGGUACUGUGCGGUAUUCAAGUGGUCAACGGAUGCCUGGGCUGCAUCUGCGGGGAUUGCCGAGACAGCAAGGAUGACGAAAGCGGCUUGUGAAAUCCAAUGGAAUUCUCUCACUUGACCAUAUAUCGGCCGGCCGAUCUCUAUUACUGACCGUCACAAAACUCCUCCGGAAAUUGUGUUUUCUUCUCGUCUUGUAAUAUACUGCUUCAACUGUCACAAUCAAUGUACCGCAACGUUCUGAUUAAAUACACAUAAAAAAAAUCCAAACGUGAUGAAU